GCCUCUCUCUGUUAUGCUUCAAUUAUGGCCUAUUUGGUGCUUUUACUCUGAAAAAGGAAGUGUAGACGUCAUUGCUUAUUUAUAUUAACAGACGAAAAAAGAAGAAAAAAAAAAAAACAAUCGUCACCUGGACAGACGUGCAGCUACCGCCAGCAGCCAGGCAGUGAAUUGUUCUGCGAAACCUGUAGGUGUGAUGGGACUCUUUGUGGUCUGUUUGGUGGUAGCGUUCUUCCAUCACAGUCACAGUGAAAUGCAUCCCUCCCUGUAUGGGUCAAAAAGGGACUGUGGCAGCGUACAAGGUACUUGUGAAGAUGACUCUUCCAUUAUGUAUGCCUGGGCUCGAAAUGCUCCGCCAACAAAGUUACCUAAAAAUGUUGGGUUUAAAGUCGGAAGAAAUUCAGGAACAUCUUACUUUGUGCUGCAAAUACAUUACGGAGAUGUCAGUGCCUUCAGAGAAAGGCAGCCAUUUAUUGCUGGCAUAUACCUGCUAAUGUCUGUGGACACGAUUAUACCUCCAGGGAAAAAAGUUACAAAUGCAGAUGUUGCUUGUGAAUAUGACUCCUACCCACUCUACCCGUUUGCCUUCAGGACUCACACACAUAGCCUAGGUAAAGUAGUCAGUGGUUAUAGAGUUCGUGAUGGAAAAUGGAGCCUGAUUGGACGACAGUCCCCUCAGUUACCACAGGCUUUCUAUCCUGCUAAUAAGGAGGUGACUGUGCGAUAUGGUGACACCAUAGCUGCUAGAUGUGUUUUUACUGGCGAGGGCCGAACCUCCAAAACAUAUAUUGGUGGUACUUCCAGCGAUGAAAUGUGCAACUUCUACAUGAUGUAUUACAUGGACAGCAAACAUGCGAAUCCCUUCAUGAACUGUAUGGAGACAGGCUCCAAAGAACUUUUUGAACAUAUUCCAGCAGAGGCAAAUGUUCCCAUUGCUGUCAGUCCAGGUCACAUGCACGCCAUGAUGGGAAUGGGAAACAAUGCAGGUAUGGAAAUUUACCUCAUCUACGUACCGUACUGUCUAAUCCUUGGCUUAAACUAUGAAUUUAAUGGUACUUCCAGCGAUGAAAUGUGCAACUUCUACAUGAUGUAUUACAUGGACAGCAAACAUGCGAAUCCCUUCAUGAACUGUAUGGAGACAGGCUCCAAAGAACUUUUUGAACAUAUUCCAGCAGAGGCAAAUGUUCCCAUUGCUGUCAGUCCAGGUCACAUGCACGCCAUGAUGGGAAUGGGAAACAAUGCAGGUAUGGAAAUUUACCUCAUCUACGUACCUUCUUUCAACAGCCAGGCUCGAUACCAGCAGAGGUUCUUGGGGCCCAUCCAGCAGUCGGCCAUUUUGGUUGUGGACCCCGCCAAUGGCAGAAUUCUAAAAGCCUCUGGCCGAAACAUGUUCUACUUGCCUCAUGGAAUAACAACAGACAAGGACAAUAACUACUGGGUGACCGAUGUGGCUCUGCAUCAGGGUUCAUCAGACAGAAGGAGGCGUACACCAUUUCAGAUCCCUCACAGCCUAGUGUUCCUUCCUGACAGAAAGGAAGUUUGUGUAGCUGACAGGGAAAAUGGACGUAUCCAGUGCUUCAUAGCAGAAACUGGGGAGUUUGUCAAAGAAAUAAAAAAUGAAGAGUUUGGAGGAGAAGUUUUCGCCAUCGCCUAUAGUCCUGCUGAAGAUGGCCUGAUCUUUGCGGUGAAUGGGGACUCAUCCCACCAUUUUACUCCUCUUAGAGGUUUUGUUCUGGGUUAUUCAACUAAGCAAAUUUUGGAUUCCUUCAGCCCCACCCAAAAGGAGUUUAAAAUGCCUCAUGACAUUGUUGUAACUAAGGAUGGAACUGUUUUUGUUGGGGAUGCAGGAAACAAAUCAGUCUUUAAGUUUUCUGCUGAAAAGUUGCACCGCUCUGUCAAGAAAGCUGGAAUUGAAGUCCAGGAACUUGAAGAAGUCGAGGCAUUUGUUCAAGCCAAGCUGAGACCACAUCUCAACAUUUCAAAGGUAGCCACCAUCAAGGAGAAGCAAACUGUGGCCGAAAAAACCCAUCCACUGGUGGAAGUGGAACCGAGGAAAAGCGCUCCUAAAGCCGACAGAAAACAGAGCGUCCUCCCAGCUGUCGUCGUUUCUCUGCUUCUCAUCCUUCUGCUGGUCAUCGUCUUCCUUGGAUUCUUCAUGUGCUGGAGUAAAAACAAGAGAAAUGACAUUAAACUAGAGCCGCACUCUAUGGGUGGAGUCCUGGGGAAAAUUCGAGGUAAAGCUGUGGGGACUUUGAACCUGGGGAAAUUCUUUGCUUCCCACAAAGGCUACAGUCGUCAGGGUUUCGACCAGCUGAGCACUGAAGGCAGUGACCAGGAGAGAAACGUGGAGGACAGCAGCGAUUCUGACACAGAGGAGUAUUCUGCUCCUCCUCCUCGUCCACCUCCUCCUCAGUCCUCCUCUUAGGCGGGCGGCCCAGGCCCAGCUGCCUCUCAUUUAUCACACCUGCUUAUUCAAUGUUUUUGUAAAUGUUGUCAGCUGCCAAUAAUGCUAUUUAUUUUAUAUUUUUAAAUGUUUUCUUGUAUAUAAAAUUUAUUUUAUUGUCAUCUUGAUAAAGUGUUGGAGACAAAAUAAUUAUAUUUAUAUUUUUCUUCUAUAAAAAUUGCCUUUAUGGAAAAUAUUAGCUCAGUCCCUAAAACAAAUGUCCACUAAUUUCAUGUUUAGCCUUAAAAGUCAAAGAAAAUCUGCAUUAUUAUUAUGUGAAUGAUUUUCAUAAAGUUUUUAAUAUUUUUUUUUUAAUCUUUUUUUGUUUCUUUUAAAUAAUUUUAAUACAAUUUUCAGCUAUAUCUGACUGAAGUGCAUAGACCAAUGCUAAUGCUAGGUGGGGCUGCUGUCAGGUCUUUUUUUCACCCCGCGGCUCCUGCACAUGAUUCACUCUGCUGGAAAAUGGUCGAUAAAUUUCAUCCUAAAUUUCAAUAUUUUUAUGAUGGGGACAGAAAUCAAGCAGGAUUUUAGAGCAGAAGCCUGUAACGUGUAGCUGAAAUUGAAAUGGUAACAUCUAAUGUCCUUUCUGCAUUAAUGUUGUACUUGCGUAUCAUUUGAUUUGUAAUUCUGUGCCUUCCUCCAUUUGCAUUGUUGUUCUCUUAAAGGAAAAUAUUCUGUAUCUUCAUGCUUCUGUAGUGUUUUGGUUGGUGAAACUCGUUGCAGCAGUUGGUUAGAUUGAUAAAUUGAUUCUUUACAUUUAAUGAGUUUACAAAAAAAAAGCACACUUGUUCUGAUACUGUAUUUAGGACAGCAUGAAGAGACUAAGAAUUUAUUUUCCUUUUAACUGCUAUUUAGACACUUUGUUUAGCAAAUGAAAGUGAAUAAUUCAGUAUAGAUGCAUCGAAAAACAAAACAAAAAAAAGUAUGAAUUUAUAUGCUCAGGCCACUCAGUUGCUUUCUGUAUCACCAGGUUUUGUGUUGUUUGUUUUUAGUUGUUAUUUUUAAACUGUUUUUUUCUGCCACUGCUCAUAGUUUGCUAUGACUUUUUAAAGGCUUUCCUUACCGCAUGCCAUAGAUAUUAAGCUACGCUGUAACAUAUGGCCUACCAUAUGGCCUACAGUUGUUUAAGUACAAGAGUGCUAUUUUCAGUAACUGUUGUAUUUGUGUAAUAAAGUGUCUGCAAAGCAU